AUGUCUUUCAUGAGGAUUUUAGGUGUUGUAGCUUUGCUUGUUGCAAUGAGUGCUAUAACAUGUGAAAGUAGGGCAGCAAGAAAGAAUCUUGGGUUGAACCUAGGUGGGGUGGGAAUUGGAACGGGUUCUGGUGUGGGAAUUGGAAUGGGUUCUGGUGUAGGAAUUGGACUUGGUGGCGGUAGUGGUGUUGGCUCUGGUGCAGGUGCCGGGUCUGGAUCUGGAUCUGGUUCAAGUUCUGGUUCUGGUUCUGGUUCUGCUUCGGGAUCGGGAUCGGGAUCAGGGUCUUCUGGAGCAGGCUCUGAAGCUGGUUCACAUGCAGGAUCUCAGGCUGGGUCAGGAGCCGGUUCUCAAGCAGGCUCUGAAGCUGGUUCACAUGCAGGAUCUCAAGCUGGGUCAGGAGCCGGUUCUCAAGCAGGCUCUGAAGCUGGUUCACAUGCAGGAUCUCAUGCAGGGUCAGGGGCUGGGUCAGGAGCCGGUUCUCAAGCAGGCUCUGAAGCUGGUUCGCAUGCAGGAUCUCAUGCAGGGUCAGGAGCCGGUUCUGAAGCGGGUUCAGAAGCUGGUUCUCGUGCAGGAUCUCAUGCUGGGUCAGGGGCUGGCUCAGAAGCAGGUUCUGAAGCAGGCUCUGAAGCUGGUUCACAUGCAGGGUCAGGAGCCGGUUCUGAAGCGGGUUCAGAAGCUGGUUCUCGUGCAGGAUCUCAUGCUGGGUCAGGGGCUGGCUCAGAAGCAGGUUCUGAAGCAGGCUCUGAAGCUGGUUCACAUGCAGGGUCAGGAGCCGGUUCUGAAGCGGGUUCAGAAGCUGGUUCUCGUGCAGGAUCUCAUGCUGGGUCAGGGGCUGGCUCAGAAGCAGGUUCUGAAGCAGGCUCUGAAGCUGGUUCACAUGCAGGGUCAGGAGCCGGUUCUGAAGCGGGUUCAGAAGCUGGUUCUCGUGCAGGAUCUCAUGCUGUGUCCGGGGCUGGUUCAGGAGCAGGCUCUGAAGCGGGUUCCCGUGCCGGAGCCGGAGCCGGUUCUGAAGCAGGUUCCGAAGCAGGUUCAUAUGCAGGCUCUCAUGCUGGAUCUGGGUCUGGGUAUUCUGAAGCAGGAGCUGGUUCAUAUGCAGGUUCCCAUGCUGGAUCAGGAAACUGA